AUGUCGUUGUUUGAGACAAGAAAGAAGAAAAACAAGAACAAGAACAAGAACAAGAACAAGAACAAGAACAAGAAUAACCAUACAAAGAAAACUUCUUUAAAGCCAGGUCCAGUUUACUCCAAGGAUGGUAUUCCCUAUGAUUAUAUGGUUGUUAUAGAUGCGGGCUCAAAGGGAUCAAGAGUUCACAUCUACAAUUGGCUAAACCCUAAAGGCAUAUUUGAAAAAUCGGCAGAUGUACGCAAUUCCCGGUUCAGUGUUAGAGGCAAAGAAGAAGAAGAAGAAGAAGAAGAAGAAGAAGAAGAAGAAGAAGAAGAAGAAGAAAAAGAAAAAGAAGAAGAAGAAGAAGAAGAAGAAGAAGAAGAAGAAAAAGAAAAAGAAGAAGAAGAAGAAGAUGACGGCGACGGCAAAGAACACAAAUCCUCACCCAAUGAUAGCGACUCGGAUAGUGAGUACCCUAACGAGCAACCUAGACUCUUUCCCAAGAUCCAUACUAAGGAGAAAUGGCACAAGAAAAUAACUCCCGGGAUCUCAUCUUUUAACAGCGCCCCUAACAAGAUAGGCAAGCACCACCUUUUCAAACUUCUUUCUAGAGCUAGUAAGAUAGUACCAAAAUCGCAGCAUCAUAGAACUCCAAUUUUCCUUCAUGCAACAGCAGGAAUGAGACUAUUAUCGCCAACGGAACAACGACAAAUCCUCAGUGAGAUUUGUAGAGUUUUUGAAAAUCAAUCAGACUUUUUCAUCCCCGAUUGUGCAACGCACGUGAAUGUUAUAGAUGGGGAUCAUGAAGGGUUAUAUGGCUGGUUAUCAAUUAAUACGCUUAUUGGUGCAUUUGAUCAACCGCAAAACCACCAGCAUGGUAAAAAUCACACAACAUAUGGAUUGCUAGAUAUGGGCGGAGCCUCGACACAAGUUGUAUUUCAACCAAACUCAACCGAGAUUGAAGAGCACCAGAAUAAUCUAUACCGCGUCAUAUUGCGCCAUAUGCCAUUGUUCAAUCAAGAAACAAAAUUAUAUGACGUGCCUCAACAAGAAAAAUUUAACGUUUAUUCAGAUUCGUUUUUGGGAUUUGGAAUGUUUGAAGCAAGAACAAAGUAUUUCAAUUAUUUAGUUGCUUCAGAUGACAGGAAUUACCAAUAUCAUUAUUGGGGGAGAACUAAAUCUCCUACAAACGAUCCAUGUCUUCCUAAAGGUUUCACCACAUCUGAGACUAUUGGCGACAACUCCUACGAUUUCAUUGGAGAGUCAAAUUUCGAAGAUUGUCUUACUAAAAUCUUCCCGGUAUUGCAAAAUUCUACUCAUGGAGGUGCACCAAAGACCAAUUGUAAACAACUUAGUGAAGGAGACGAAGUAAGUGAGUGUUUGCUAAACGAAUUGAUACCUUCGUUUGAUUUCGAUGUGAAUCAUUUUGUCGGCGUGAGUGGCUACUGGGAUGCCAUCGAAGCCUUGCUAUCUCAGAGGGAAGAACAAAAGAGAGAUGAAAUACAGGAUCUAAGAAACACAUACAACUAUCAAACUAUUUUCAACAAGACUAAAAAAGUUUGUUCACAAUCAUGGUCUACUCUACUAGAACUUAAUUUGCAAAAGGAUAAAAAGGAUAGAUUAUCACAAGAUGAAUUGUCUGAAUUAUGUUUCAAGUCCUCUUGGAUUCUAAACUUUUUACAUUCAGGAUUAGGAUUUCCUCGCUUUGGGAUUGAUAAACCUACUGCUAAUAUCACAACUCCUACCAAUAGUAAUAAUAAUAAUAAUAAUAAUAAUAAUAAUAAUGAGGGAUUUCAAACUUUACAAUUGGUUGAGAGACUAGAUGGAUCGUUUUUCUCGUGGACUUUAGGAAGAGCAAUGUUGUACGCUAAUGAUGAAUAUAUUCAGGCAUUCAACAACUACUCAGCGCAAUUUGAAGACUCACAACCGCCCUUGCAGAGGCCAGGUUUUCAUCACAGUCUUUCAGAAGCAUUAUAUCAUUUUGGAGCAGAGCAAAAUAACAUUGCAUCGAGACCUCCGUUUGCAGCUGAAGAUGUUACAAAAUCAUAUUAUUACUACGAUUACGAGAAAAAUGAAGAAACAGACCAUGAACUGAAAUGGAAUAUAGAACCACAUAGAUGGUAUGGGAUGAUUGUGUUUGGAGUAUUGUUGGCUAUAGUGGGAUGGUUGAUGAUGGGUAGUAGAAGAAGGCAAUUGUCUGUCACCAAAAUUGCAAGUGCUUUCAAAAAACUUGUUAAAAAUACUCCCGGUUUUAACAAGUCAAAGUACGUUUCCGUGCCUACGGAAGGUGACAUUGAAGCUCCUACGUUUGAAUUGGAUGAUAUUGUUGAUAAAGAUGACGUGGAUGAUCAAUUUCGAAUUAGUGAUGAUGAUGAACCAGAGCUGGAGGAGGGAGAGAGGGAGAUAAACUAA